GGUCCAGUAGGUGAAUUAUCCCUAAUCACAGAUUCCAAAAGAGAUACAGAGAGAGAGAGAGAUCCUGAGUUUGCUCUGCAGUGGCCUCUCAGGCAGAUUAGGAGCAGUUAAUCACAAUGGGGUUUCUAACUCCACUUUGUGUGUCUCUACUGCUGCUGAUGAAUGGUGGACUAAUCAAUGGACAAACAACAGAUCAUUUCUACCCAUAUGGAGUUGGACCUGGAGACACAGUGAACGCACAGUCAGAUGAUGACGGCUCAUCUGCCAUCUCUCUUCUGCGCCCGUUUGUAUUCUUUGGAAAGUUCUAUAACACAACAUAUGUCAACAAUAAUGGACACUUAACUUUUGAUCAGCCAUGGUCCAGUAACUCCCCCUACCGGUUUCCUGCUCAUCGUGGACGAGACCUCAUUGCUCCAUUCUGGACAGACCUUGAUAAUCGUAUUAGUGGUGUAAUCUCUUAUAAGCAAUACUCUUCUGGCAGUGUUCUCACACAGGCUACCCAGAACAUUAACCAGUAUUUCCCUCAGCUGCAAUUCACUGCAACUUCAGUGCUUGUUGCAACUUGGGAUAGAGUACCUUACUAUGGCGCCCCACGCAUGGAAAAUACUUUCCAAGCAGUUUUGAUUUCAGAUGGACAACUCUCAUUCAUACUGAUGAACUAUGGCCAAAUUUUUCCUAUAAUCAGUGAUGUACAGGCUGGUUAUGACACAGAUGACUCCAGCAACUACUUCUCAAUUCCUGGGUCCUUUCAGAACAACUACAGUGUCUUUACAUACAGCUCCAACGUCAAUGUCACAGGCAGAUGGGCCUUCCGUGUCGAUCACGGCAUACGAGGAUGUCAAUUUAACAAUAUCCUCAUAUCACGAGGCUCCACAUUCUGGACAGAUGCCACCUGCCAGCAAAGGUGCACCUGCACCCAAUUGGGUAUCCAGUGCAGCCCACAGCCCUGCACCUUCUCUCAAGCAUGCCGUCCUGCUGCUGUCCAGUAUAGCUGCCAAAAUAUUCAACGCCGAACCUGCACCAUUUCUGGUGACCCCCACUACUACACAUUUGAUAACAAGCUCUUUCACUUUCAAGGGACGUGCACCUACAUCUUGUCUGAGGCCUGUGACAACAGGUUGCCUUACUAUCGUAUUGAAGGAAAGAAUGAACAACAAGGUAGCACACGUGUGGCAUGGACACGCACGGUCAGGAUAUUUGUCUAUAAUCAAGUAUUGGAAUUGGUGAAAGACUAUCGAUAUCAGGCCAAGGUUAAUGGGACCUUCACAACAACACCGUUCAGCCUCCGCAAUGGCUCCAUUCAAGUCUAUCAGUCAGGUUUCUCCUUGGCCGUCAGUACAGAUUUUGGCUUAGUUGUUACAUAUGAUGCAUAUUCCUAUGUGACCAUCAAUGUGCCUUAUGACUAUCAGAAUUGUACAUGUGGCCUGUGUGGCAAUUUCAACUACCGCCCAGAAGAUGACUAUCGUACACCUUCAGGACAGAUCUUGACCUCAGAUUUUGACUUUGCAAACUCUUGGAAGGCACAGGGGGACACAGACCCUGGUUGUCAAAAUACCCAGCGCUCAUUUCUGAUGAGUGAUGCCUGCACCACUGAUCAGAUACUUCUCUACAGUAGCCCAAACUAUUGUGGAAUCCUAGGAAAUUUUACUGGCCCUUUUGCCUCUUGCCACUCAAGCCUGUCUCCCCAGACCUUUGUAGAGAACUGUCUCUAUGAUCUCUGUGUGGGAGGAGGUUAUCAGCCAAUCUUGUGCCAGGCACUUGGUGUGUAUGUCGCUCAGUGCCAGCAGCAGGGCAUUCAACUGUACCAGUGGAGAAGACAAGGCUUCUGUGAAAUCCCGUGCCCUGAGCACAGUCACUUUGAUUCCCAGGGAACAGGCUGCCCUGCAACAUGCAGUAACCCUUCUGCUCCUGUAAACUGCCCCAUGCCAAAUAAAGAGAGCUGUGUCUGUGAUACUGGAUAUGUCCUAAGUGCUGGAGCAUGUGUUUCUCUAGCUAGCUGUGGCUGCACAUUUGAAGGAUUCUACUAUGCCAACGGUGAAUCAGUGGUAUUGGAUGAGAACUGUCAGCGACUGUGUACCUGUAACAACAUGGUAAUGACCUGUGAAAAUCACCAGUGUGGUUCACAGGAAACAUGUACAAUCCAUAACGGAGUGAGGGGCUGCAGGGCAAUAAGUUAUUCCACCUGUUGGGUUGAAGGACCAGACUCAUAUCACACCUUUGAUGGACUGACUUUCAGCUAUCCAGGAGCCUGUGGGCUUACCCUCUCUAGGGUCAUGGGACUGUCCCCACUACCUAACUUUGCAGUAACAGUGCAGAAACAGCCCACAGGUCUUUAUACCUUUUCCAGAUUGCUGAGAUUUGAGGCAGGGGGAACUCGGGUCUCCAUAGAAAUGGGAUCGAGAGGACUAGCAAGGGUGGAUGGACAGUUAGUAGCUCUACCUUUUAGUGUUGGCACUGGUCGAAUCCAUAUCUACCACAGCAGUGUGAAGGGAAUUAUCAUGGAAACCACCUUUGGGGUAACUGUGCGAGCUGACUGGCCACACCUAAUACGAAUCACUGCACCCAGCACCUACAAUGGCACACUUGGUGGUCUGUGUGGGAAUUUAAAUGGAUACCUUGAUGAUGAGUUCCUCAGCCCAGUUGGUGUCUUGCUGAACAACUCUCAAAUCUUUGGGGACAGCUGGCGGGAUGGGUCUCUUUCAGCCUACUGUGUGGAAUCAACAGAUAUCUGGCAAAGAGGAUAUUACCAGAACAGCAGCCAGUUCGUGCAACAAUGCAACAUAAUGGCUUCAUCAGUUGGGCCAUUUGCUCAGUGCCACAGCAGCCUGGAUCCCAGGGUAAGGGUAGAUGACUGUCUUCAUUACUUGGAACAGACAGGGGGUGCAAGAGAGGCCCUCUGUGAAGCUUUCAGAGGCUAUGCUGUUCUUUGCCAGCAAAAUGGUGUUGCUGUGCAAGAAUGGAGAAAUAUCACUAAUUGUGAAUAUCCCUGUCCAACUAAUAGCCAUUAUGAGCUGUGCACUACUUCCUGCCCAGCAGCCUGUCCCACUCUCUCAUUCCCCUUUCUGUGCACCCAACCCUGCCAGGAAGGAUGCCAAUGUAAUGAUGGACUGCUGUUAAGUGGAGACAGCUGUGUGCCCCCUACUGGAUGUGGUUGUCUCCAUGAGGGGCGCUACAGGCAGAGUGGAGAACGUUUCUGGUAUGGUGAAGGGUGCCAGUCCCUAUGUAUCUGUAAUGGGACCACAGGUUUUGUCCGCUGUUCUCCAUCAUCUUGCAGUGAGCAGGAAACCUGUCGUAUUGUCAAGGGAGAAUAUGGCUGCCAUCUUCGACCCCAUGCCACAUGCUCUGCCUCAGGGGAUCCCCACUACACCUCUUUUGAUGGACAGAGAUUUGACUUUCAGGGCACCUGCAGAUACGUACUGACAACAGUAUGCGAUCGCACUCAAGGACUGCCAUAUUUCCAAGUUAUUGCAAGGAAUGAAGCAUGGCAGGGGCUCCCAGUUUCAAUCACUGUUGAAGUUUAUGUCAAUGUCUCAGGACACAUGGUGCAUAUCUCACGCAACAUGCAUGGCACUGCUGAGAUCGACAGUCAGACCAGGAACCUUCCUGUCCUGCUUGAUUCUGGACGUGUUUCCAUUUACUCCAGUGGACAGAACACAUUUAUCACAACUGACUUUGGCCUAAUUGUAAGUUAUGAUGGCUCUUGGGUCGUGCGCAUCACUGUCCCAGCUAAUUACAGUGGAGCCACAUGCGGCCUGUGUGGCAACUUCAAUGGCCAGAGGGGUGAUGAUUUCCAUAAAAGAUCAGGUGCACUGGCUUCUUCAGCUUUUGAGUUUGGAGCUGACUGGAAAGUAGAGAAUGACACAUUGUGCAGCGAUGGAUGUGGAGACUCCUGUUCAUCCUGUCAAAACCCAGUUGAGGCACAGGCCCAAUGUCAGAUCCUCAGGGACAGAAAGGGGCCUUUGAGCUUCUGUCAUGCUACUGUGGACCCCCAGGCCUACUUUGAUGAUUGUGUGUUUGAUUUAUGCAUCUCUGAAAACAGACAUGAUGUGCUGUGCCGUUCCAUCCAAACCUAUGUGAGUGCCUGCCAGUCUGCCAAUGUUGUGAUCUACCCCUGGAGAGAGAACACAACCUGCAGGAUUGACUGUCCCCUGAACAGCCACUAUGAGCUGUGUGGCACAGACUGUGGGCACACCUGUGCUAGCAGCAUUGAUGCUAUAUGUAAGCAGACAUGCUCAGAGGGCUGUUUCUGUAAUGAGGGCUACAUGAAGAGUGGAGGACUCUGUCUUCCAGUGGAACAAUGUGGCUGCUUGUACAAUGGAUUCUAUUAUCAAAUUGGUGAGCAGUACUGGACGCCAGGAUGUUCACAACACUGCAAGUGCUUUGCUCCCAAUGAUCUGCGCUGCUCCUCCGCCUUCUGCUCUCCCACCAAGCAGGAGUGUACAGUCAAGAAUGGUCUGCUUGGCUGCUACCACAAAAUGUCCUCAUGCAUGGUCUGGGGUGAUCCCCAUUACAUUACAUUUGAUGGAGCUGUAAUCACCUUCCAGGGAACUUGUUCGUAUGAGAUUUCUCAGACCUGCGGGAACGUUUCUAACAGUGGCCUGGAAUUCCGUGUUGUGGCAACUAACAUGCAUCGUGGGAACCUGGCUGUGUCGUUUGUGUCUGCAGUGGAUGUGUGGCUAACCCGAUGGGGACAGCAGAGACAGAUUACUAUUGGACAAAACAGGAGAGUGAAGGUUGAUGGGACUGACAUGGACUCAUCUGCUUUUCAAAUCGGCAAUCUUGCAGAAGUACAUCAGGAGCAAAACUUUGUGGUUGUGAAUGCCUCAAACGAGCUCAUGGUCUACUUUGAUGGUCGUUAUACACUUUCAGUAAAACUGGGCCCGAGCUUCCAGGGGUCUGUUUGCGGAAUGUGUGGCAACAAUAAUGGAGACCCUGCAGAUGACAAAGCUAUGCGCAGUGGAGCCCUCACACCCAACGACAAUGUAUUUGGCAACAGCUGGAAAUCAAUUAACAGUGCUGCAGGGUGUGGUGCAAAUGACCGGACAUUUGAUGCAAAUGACUGCCCUUUUAGACAGGAGUACUCUGAACUCUGUAGCAUCAUUACCAACAUCAGUGGACCCUUCCAGCUCUGCCAUGUCCAUGUCAACCCUGAAAUUUAUUACAAUUCCUGUGUGUAUGACCUGUGUGUCUAUUCAUCAGCCAAUGAUAUGCUGUGUUCAGCUCUGGGGGCCUAUGAAGAUGCUUGUUCCAUGGUGGGGCUCCAGAUCUCAGACUGGCACUCUGAUCUAGGCUGCUCGAGGGAGGACCCCUGUGCGGAGCUGAACUGCACUGCAGAUGAAUGGUGUGGGGAGAAGGAUGGCAUAUAUGGCUGCCUCUGUAAUGAGAACAAUCCUCAACCAAGGCCUCACUAUUAUGACUCCACUGAAACUUGUCAAAGCAGCUCUGCCACCAUGUCUCUGUCCCGCUGUCAGCUCUUUGAAGCUGGUUUCCCUGCUAACGUCCUGCACCUGAGUGACCCCAGCUGCAGAGGAACAGUCCAAAAUGGCAGACUGGUGUUCCACUUUGAUAACGAUGACCACAUCUGUGGCACAAAUCUCACGGCCAAUGGUACACACUUCAUCUACAACAACACUAUCCAAGGAUUUUCUGACUCAGCAGGAGGAUCCAUCAGGAGAGAUAAACAUCUGGAACUGAAUUUCAGCUGCGUUUACAAGCUUAGCCAGAUAAUCACCACGGACACUAUAUUAAAUCCUGUGCAGAGCAUAGUGAGCAAAAUCCUUCCAGAUGGUCAGGGGAUGUAUCAGGUCAGGAUGAUUCCCUAUGAGGAUGCUGCUUUUUCCCACCCUUACAAUGGCACUGUUGACAUAGUGGUGGACCAGAAGAUCUAUGUGGAAGUGAAAGUUCAGGGAGUCGACAGUCGUCAGAUUUCCACGGUGAUAGAUUCAUGUUGGGCCACUCCUGUGAAUGACAGGAACUACGCUGUCCGCUGGGACCUCAUUAUUAAUAAGUGCCCUAAUCCAAGUGACAUCUCAGUGGAAGUUCUUCAGAAUGGUGUCUCCACAACUGCUCGUUUCUCCUUCAAGAUGUUUGCCUUUACAAGAGACAACUCCAGAGUUUACCUUCACUGCGCUAUCCACCUUUGCCUUCUGCGGGACAACAAUUGUGCUGUGCGCUGUUUCCCUGGAGUUCGCCAUAGAGCUGGCAGAUCUGCGGACAUCCAUGAUAGAGCCUCAAUCUCUGUGGGGCCUUUCAUCUGGAAUGCUGGAAGCGCAGGUGUAUAAAUCACAGAGAUGCUGAAGGUGUGGAUCUACUAGUUCUUCUCUGAAAACAAUUUAAGUGUAAACAUUGACUAAAGCUUCCGUAAUGCUAAUCUUCUUGUAAUAAUCAUGCUUUAAAGUGACACUCUGUCUUGGUUUCUCUGUUUAAAUGAUUUGCAUUAUUUGGUUGUGGAUGAGUUUCUAUGUUUUCUAUGUUUGAUAUACACAGUAAAGCAAUGUGAUAAAACUGUAAGCAUGUAUCAGCUGUAUCUUGGAGAAAGGUGGUUUUUGGUGCUGAUUUUGUUGACUGCUGUUAUUUGUGUGAUAAAAUUUGCUUGGUGCAAUUACAACACUACUCCAAAGUAAAUUAAUUGUUUUCUAUGCAGCUUUAGAUCUGAUUAUCAGGUGCCUGUAAUGUUCUUUCUUGUGAUUAAAUUUUAUCUCUCAAUAAAUUUCUCUGUAACUGGCAUAAUA